AGGAAAUAGCUUUAUACGUGCCUGGAAUAAAAGAAAACAUAUCUAAAACAUUAAAGACACAGGACAACCGGAGCCAGAGGAAAGAGUACACCAUGAAGAUCAUUUUGUGGAAAGUCGUGUGUGUUGUAUGCACUCUAUUCCUUAAUGCUACAGGUUCAGUGUCUCAGCUCAGAGCUUGUGGUCAGGCUCCACUGAACAACAAGAUUGUUGGUGGUCAAGAUGCUGCUCUUGGUUCCUGGCCUUGGCAGGUUAUUGUUCAGUCAGCAAAAUUCCUCUGUGGUGGCAGUCUGAUCAGUCAGAACUGGGUCUUAACAGCUGCUCACUGUUUGAAAGUGAAUGGAAUAGCUUUUACUGCACCUCAAAUCACAGUCUCACGACGACUUGAAAAUGGGACUGUAAUGGAGACAAUAAAUGCUAUUAAAUUGAUCAUCCAUGAAGGCUAUAAUGAUAACACUCUGAUCAAUGACAUUGCACUAGUCCAGCUCUCCUCUUCAGUGCAGUUUAAUGAUUAUUUCCGUCCGGUGUGUCUUGCUGCAAGCAAAAGUUCUUUUCCAAGUGGUACCAAUGUCUGGGCCACAGGAUGGGGUAGAAUCAGUAAUAAUAAUUUGCAGCUCGCUCAAAAGCUGCAGGAGGUGAAGUUGCAGAUUGUCAAUAACAGUGUCUGUGCACAAAAAUAUUCACCAUUUAUUAUCACGGACGGUAUGAUGUGUGCUAUCUCUCCUGUGGGUGGACAGGACACGUGCAAUGGUGAUUCUGGAGGUCCACUGGAGGUGAAUUUUAAUGGAAUCUGGAUUCAGGGUGGGAUUGUGAGCUUUGCCACUCUAAGUAGAUGUGCUCCCCCAUCUAUACCCAGUGGGUAUACCAGAGUGUCUCAGUAUGAAGACUGGAUUAAUAACAAGAUAGACAACAAUCAACCGGAAUUUGUUGCAUUCUCAUUUGGCAGUUACAUCUCCCUCAACCUCUUCUGUCUUUUUCUUUCUUUCACCAUCAUCCCCUUCCUUCUCCCUUCCUUGUUCACCUACUAGUGAUGUUAGCCAAAUUAAAGACACAAGCACCAAGCACAGAAAGUAAUCUAACAUAACACAGACUUUAAGCUUUACUUAAAUUUUUAACUUUAUUUUCUACAAAGCUACAUUUUAAGGUACGGUUAUUUUCAUGUGAAAUGAAGAAACAAAACCUAUAAGCUUGUGUCUGAAAACUAAAGUCUACAUAACCCUUCUGCAGACCUCGUCUGCAUUCCUAUGCAAAUUAGGAUCGCCGAGUCAAGUUGACCUUGUCUGUUUUGACUGCUUAUAAAAAAUGAAGUAUAUAUGAUAGCCUUUUUUUUCUGGUUUUUUUCCAGGCCAAAUUGACUUGAAUGCUUAUAAAUAAAAAAAUCUACAAUAAUCACCA